AUGAAGGUCUUCGCCGCCGCUCUCUUCGCUGGCCUCGCCGCCGCCGCCACCACCGUCAAGGUCACCGACAUCUCCAUCCGCGAUAACGAUGGCCUCCAGGCCGUCUCCUUCAAGGUCGACGGCACCGACUGCAGCUCGGUCAGCGCCGCCACCCUCGCCGGCAACGGCGCCAACGCCUGCGGUGCCGCCAGCCCGCCCGACUUCACCUUCUCCGUUGAGAAGAACGGCCUGUCCGACUACCAGCUCUGGCUGCACAAGAACGACGGCUCUGUCCGCGGCCUCAACGGUGGUGGCAAGCCUCCCGUCUACUGCCACGCUGGCGGUAACGGCCAGAACGACUUCGUCUGCACCCAGGUCGGCGACCUCUCGGUCGAGCUUCAGUAA